CCGCUCGUACAGCUUCCAGUCCCGGACCAGCAACCGCCGUAAGCGCAACAUUUCGGGCACUCAUGUCUGGCUACAUGUCAUAACGGGGUUCUCGCACGUAUGACUGAUGUGCCCUCUUGUCAAACGUAAACAACACAGAUCGAGAGUCACGUAUGGGACGUGAUAGACAGCGCAGACGAUGAGGACACGUAUGGCCGCGCAAUGAACGCGCUCGCGGCUCGGGCGGCGCUGUCAACAUUGUACACAUCAUCGACGUCUACUUUGGCGGCUGACUACCAUGCGUGGACAACGGUGGCGGCGACAGCAAAGGCGGCGGAGGUGGCAAACACUACCGAAACACCGUUUUUCGAAACCGAACUCCGGUUUACGGUGUCCCAGAUGGUGUUCGUCGCGCUUGUGUCCGGCGCGCUCAGUUGCAUCACCGUGGUGGGCAAUCUAAUGGUUAUGCUGUCGUUCAAGAUCGACAAACAAUUGCAGAAUAUAAGCAACUACUUCCUGUUUAGCCUCGCGUUGGCCGACUUCUUCAUUGGGCUCAUAUCCAUGCCGUUGUUCACCAUCUACACCAUACUGGGAUACUGGCCGUUCGGCCGACACGUGUGCGACGGAUGGCUUGCGCUCGACUAUCUGGCCAGCAACGCGUCAGUACUCAACCUGCUGUUGAUAAGCUUCGACAGGUACUUCUCGGUGACCAGACCACUAACUUACAGAGCUAAGCGGACUAGAGGCAAAGCGUUGCUGUUUAUCUCUGCCGUAUGGUUCAUAUCACUGUGCUUAUGGCCGCCGUGGAUUUACCUGUGGCCGAUAAUAGAAGGCCGACGAACCGUUCCGGAAACGCAAUGUUACAUACAGUUCAUAGUGACCAAUCAAUACAUUACUUUCGGCACGGCCAUCGCGGCUUUCUAUACACCGGUGACGGUCAUGUGCAUCGUGUACUAUCGCAUCUACAUGGAGACCAAAAAGAGACAAAAAGACUUGCCAAACUUGCAAGCCAUGAAUAAGCCGCGCAAUGAUCCUCAGCAAGAGGAAUCGUGGGCUCGUAUUCGGUUGGAUCAAGGCAAUUCGUUGGAUCGUCGAGAAACUUAUGAGACCAGCUCGUNUCGAGAGACUUAUGAGACCAGCUCGUUGCGAAAAGCUUACUCUCAGUGUUCAUUGAAAGCUAGACGACUGUUGACUUGGUCUUGGCUUCGCGACUGGUGUGUGGACUGGUGGCACUCAGGUCGGGAUGAUGACUAUGACGAGGAAGACGAUCAAACCCCUAGCGACGUGCCAGGUGGCACCAGCUAUGGGACUACGGUGUCCAGGUCGACUUCCCUAAACGUCAUUCAUCAACAACCCACUACACCACCACCGCUUAAGUCUUAUCACGCGGUCAACAACAACAACAGGUUGGCUAAUAGGUCGUUGUCUAAUGACUCGGUGAGUGAGUUGCUCCGAAUGAGUUUUAUUAAUUAGAUAUAUUAGAUUAUACUUAAAUUGCCGGGGUCAUCCCUAAAAAGAAGUGGGGUAAUUUCAGUCUCUCUUCUUCGUAAUUUUAGUUUAAGACGGCCCCGUCAAUCAUAAAAUAUAUUUUAAUACCUUUCCCCAAAAAUGAUCAAACUGUACUAGAUAUACGAUUAGUGUAAUAUUAAUAGGACGGAGCGCUUUAACAUAAUUUUAAUCGUGAUGAAAAUAUAACUAAUACAUUCACUAAACAUAAUUAACUAGUUUGAAUAAUAACAACACGUUCUAAUUA